AUGGUAUUAUAUUUAAAUAAAAAUUUAUAUAUUGUAUAUAUAUUGAAAUAUAUAUAUGGAUUAAAUUUAUAUAAAUUUAAUUUAUUAUUAUGUUUAAAUAAUAUAAGUAUAUUUAAUAUUAAAAGUAAUAUUGUAAAAAUUAAAAUAAGUAUGUAUAGAUUGAAUAUAUAUAUACAUAAAAAUUUGAAAAUAAGAAUAAAUAAUAUAAUAAUUAAUAAAAUUAAAAAAUUUAAUGUAAAAUGA